AUGGAUGUAUUAAUUUCGAAGAUAUCCAUACAAAACGUGAAGGAUGCCCGAGAAAGCUUCUUGCCAGGCAUUUCUAAAAACGACCGGAAAGGAUAUGCAGUUCUCACCGAUGAAUCCUUGCGCAACGUAGAAUUAAGUACGUUGGUGAGGAUAGUUUCUCCUUAUUAUAUCAGAAAGCACGAGUCCAGAAAAUGUAGUUUUAAAGAACCCUUAGUGAGGUUGCUUGAAGUCCUGACAUUAGAUGCUGGUACUGUGGAUGAGCGGUCGUUUUCAAUCUUUUGA